UCACUUUAUCCCUCACGUUUUCCCACUGGUUUUGUCGCCCUCUCUCUCUCGUUUUCCCCUUGGUUUCAUCCCUCUAGAUUUCCAAGACCACAUUUUUGGAGCACUCUUGUGUUGCUAUCCAGCUAUACUCCUCUUCGCCGAACAAAUUUCAUGCCAGAUUAAAACAGUUUCCUGAAUUGUUUCUGGCCUCUUUUCUUCUGCAAUCAAGCUCCCUUGCUCUUCAAUUCUCUCAUGUGAUCAAUGGAUGCUCUGGCCAUAAGUUCUGUGCCUAUUUUUGUAAAUUUUAGAAAAGACACAUGGAUGCAGACACUCAUUUUGUCAUUUCAGAGCCUUGGUGUAAUAUAUGGCCGCUUGAGCACGGCUCCCUUAUAUGUACUCGAAUCAAUUGACCCAGGGGAAAUUUCAUCACCAGAUGAAAUGCACGAACUCUUCUCAUUUAUCUUCUGGACCCUAACCAUCAUUCCGUUGCUGAAGUAUGCUUUCAUUGUACUGAAGGCUGAUGACGACGGAGAAGGUGGUCCAUUUUCAUUAUAUUCGUUACUAUGUAGGCAUGCUAAAGUGGGGCUGAUUCCAUCCAAUAGGGGUUCGAGCAAGAUCUUGAAUCAAGAAGAAGAGGAGGUCUCUUCGGAUCCAUCCAAGGGAAAACCAGAAAAUAAAGCGAGAAAUGCUAUAGAGAAAUAUAAAAGCAGUCACUAUUUGCUGUUAUUCCUUGCUCUGCUUGGUGCUUGCAUGAUACUAAGCGAUGCAGUUCUUACGCCAGCAAUUUCUGUGUUAUCAGCAACAUCUGGUCUUGGACGAUCAAUGGCGAAAAUAUCAAAAGUUUUCUCCUCGCGUGAAACAGAGGACCAUGUGGCAAAUGCCUUGAAGAAAUAUGUACCGACUCCUGUCGCAUGUGCCAUAUUGGUUUGCCUCUUCACUUUGCAGCAUCACGGAACCAAGAGAAUUGGGUGCUUAUUUGCUCCAAUCGUCAUCACAUGGCUCAUCUUCAUCAGCGGGUUUGGCCUCUAUAAUAUUAUUCAUCAUGAUGCCUCGAUCCUCCGUGCAGUCUCCCCAGUAUACAUGCUGAGGUUCAUGAAGAAAAUUAAUCUCCGACACUGGAAACUCCUAAGCAGCAUUGUAUUAUGCAUUGCAGGAUCGGAGGCAAUGUUUGCAGAUUUAGGUCAUUUUUCCAAGAAAUCUAUCAAGAUAACAUUCAUAUGCUUCAUAUAUCCCGUCCUUUUGUUAACAUAUGCUGGACAAGCUGCAUUUGUCUCGAAGAAUCUUCGUGUUGAUGGUGCAUUUCAUCUAAGUGAAUCUAUACCUAAUAGGAGUCUGGAGCAUGUAUUUGCUGUGUUGUCGUUGUUUGCUUCGGCUGUAGGAAGCCAAGCAACCAUUACAGCUGGAUUCUCCAUCAUACACCAGUGUCAGGCACUUGACUGUUUCCCCAGAGUAAAAGUUGUUCACACGUCGGAUAAAAUUUUCGGGCAAGUCUAUGUCCCCGAUGCAAACUGGAUGUUUAUGAUUUUGAGUAUAGCAUUCACCAUUGGCUUGCAUGAUAUAUCAGAGCUUGCAAAAGCAACAGGUUUGGCUGUUACUGUGGGCUUGCUGGUAACGACUUGCUUAAUGUCGCUCGUGAUUGCACUGUACUGGGAGAAGCAUUUGUUUGCAUCAGUAUGUUUUCUGCUCUUCUUUGGCUCCAUUGAGGCGAUAUAUCUCUCAUCAACGUUGACGAGCUUUUUCCACGGAGCCUGGUGCUUGAUCAUCCUAUUCUUAUUCUUUAUGACGAUCAUGGCCUCCUGGCACUAUGGCACUCUCAAGAAGUAUGAAUCCGAUGUGGAGAACAAGGUAUCGAUCGAGUGGCUAACGGAUUACAGCCCCGGCCUUGGGGUUUCAAGGGUGCCGGGCAUCGGCUUCGUCUAUUCCGAUGUCGACAUGGGAAUCCCUGCUUUCUUUACUCAUUUCAUCACUAAUAUUCCUGCAUUUCAUCAAGUGCUGGUUUUUGUAACCUUCAAGGCUUCACCGGUGCCGUACGUCCACUCGAGCAGGCGGUACCUCAUAGGCAGAGUCGGCCCGAAAGAGUACAAAAUAUACCGCUGCAUAGUACGCUACGGAUACCACGACAACGUCAGGGACACGGAUGACUUCGAGGACCAAAUAAUCAGCUCGAUCGGAGAGUUCAUAGCGAGGGAGGAAUAUGAUCAGGAAGCUCUGAAUUCACCCGAAGGUCGGAUGAUUGUUCUGGGGACCCCGUUGAACAACGGGAGCGGGCUGAUCACCGUGACAGAGACGAGCUCGGGUGAAUGCGGUCCGAACUUGGGGGAGAGCGAGUCUCGACGUGGUCUGCUGCAUGGUCCAUCAGGCAGCAGUGGCAGUCCUCCUCCUCCGGUGAACAGGAAACGAGUCCGAUUCAUGCUGCCCCCAAAGAGCCCUCAGAUGCGCGCGUCAGUUAGGCAGGAACUGGAAGAGAUCAUCGACGCUCGGGAAAGCGGGACGGCGUAUAUCUUAGGGCAGUCUCAUUUGAUGGCGAGGCAAGGCUCGAAUUUGUUCAAGAGACUGCUGGUGAUGACUUAUGUUUUUCUUGAUAAGAACAGCAGGGAGCCUCCAGUUGCACUCAAUAUUCCUAAUGCUGCUCUCUUAGAAGUUGGAACUGUUUAUAAAAUAUGAUACUAUACAAUGAUGAACAUCAAGAACAACGAAGUUCUUAGUUUUACUACUAAGUUUUAAGUUUGUAGAAAAUUCCAAAAUUCAGCUAAAGUUCAUGAUAUUAACGACCAA